UCUAAGUCGACUCUACAUUCAUGCAUGUAUCAAAAUAUCAAAUCUCUCGUUACUCGACUCUCGUCAACAAACCAUUCAACCUUUUUUUCAAUUCAAAUUCAAUUCAAACUGAAGAAUUUCUCUCUGCUUCUUAACCUCAAUUUUUGACAAUGUACCUUAAUAUUAUUUCUUUAGAAACUGGAUCAUAAAGAAGACCAACUGGUACACCGGAUUUAAGAUGUGCAAAAAAUAAAGCUUAAUCAUAAUUAUGCUUAUUGCACCAUAGAAAAUUCAAAAGCACCUACAUCACACCUUUUGGAUAAUCGAUUGUCUGAACGAAUGCCAGAAUAUGGAAGAUGAUAUCUUUGAAGAGUUUGAUAUGGACUUCACGUUGCCUUCAGAAGUAUCUUCAACUCCUCUAUGUAGUGGAUUGAAAAGACCAAUAAGCGGCUUGACAUGCUCGCCAAUACUAUCAGUUGCAACUUCCAGUAAAAUUAGAAAACACUUGAAAUUAGAUGAUGAAAUUGUUACAACCAGCAAUAAUAAUCUCGGUGAUACUGAUAGUGAACCCAAAUCUAAGGAUUUGGAUAAACCUGAGCUCAAUUUGUUGAACUGGGAUGAUGACUCAGUUCUCAAUCAGGUUGAUUUGAUUUGUGGAAAAGUUGUUGAAAAUGGCAGGUUGGAAUCUGGAAAUGUUUCACCAUCCCCAGAUUUAUUCGAGGAGGAAGGCAGCGAUUCUGACCAUGCAUGUGAUAUGUCAGUCGAUGUCAGUAAUUAUAAAGACAGCAGUCCAACAGAAGAUCUUGCAACCGUUGAAGCGGAAUACCAUAUGUCUGUAGAUGUUGGUAGUAACAGUAAAACGGUGGCAAGUACUAAUCAGGCUACAAGCAUCGGCAAGACUGAGCAUAACCACACUAAUCACUGGCCUGAUGACUCAGCAAUAAAUUGGUCUCAACAACAUCAAGAUAUAUUGAACAAGUCUACAGAUCGAAAAAAUGAUAGUGAUGUUUGUUUUGGUGACCGUCUGAAAAAUAUUCUAUUGAAUAAUGCUCUGAAGCCCUGUAAAAUAAUUGCAAGUACUCCAGUGUCAUCUAAAGUAUUGUCGAAUCCAAGUGACGCGAACUCAUUCUAUGGAUUGCCUUUAAUCGUAAAAACUCUCAUCAAACGAUACAAAGGAAUUAACCAGUUGUAUGAUUGGCAAAUAGAAUGCCUCAAGCUACCGGCUAUUGCAAAUAAGAAAAAUCUAAUGUACGCCUUACCUACAAGUGGGGGUAAAACUUUGGUUGCUGAAAUUCUAAUGCUCAGAACAAUUUUGUGCGAGGAAAAAGAUGUUCUCCUUGUCUUGCCGUACGUUUCCAUUGUUCAAGAAAAGGUCCGCUCACUGUCGCCAUUCGCCGUAGAAAUGGGCUUCUUGAUUGAAGAGUAUGCUGGUGCCAAAGGAGUGUAUCCACCCUUAAAAAGAAGAAGGAAACACACAAUAUUCAUUGCAACCAUUGAAAAAUCUUUGGGACUGGUUCACAGCUACAUAGAAACCAACAGAAUUUCGGAAUUGGGUCUAGUGGUUGUUGAUGAACUGCAUAUUAUAGGAGAGCCAAGAAGGGGCGCAUCAUUAGAGGCAAUGCUCACCAAAUUGAUGGUUUCCACCAAAGCUGUGCACAUAAUUGGAAUGAGUGCUACCAUUGGCAACAUUAACGAAGUGGCAGCAUUUUUGAAAGCCGAUGUCUACACUCACAAUUUCCGACCUGUUGAACUAAAGGAAUUCAUCAAAGUUGAAGAUGAAGUUUUUGUUGUAAAGAUGAACGAAGAUCCUCCACUCAAGUUCCACAGCAAAUUAAUAUUCUCAUACACACCGGAAAUGAAGCAAAUAGAUCCAGAUGAAAUAGGAGGACUUGUGAGUCAAGUGGCGCCUGAAGAGUCAUGUCUUGUAUUUUGUCCGUCGAAGAAAAACUGUGAAAACGUUGCAUUACUAAUUUGCAGAACAAUGAAAAGACAAAUAUUAACCUACAAACAAAAAGAGAAAGGUGCACUCUUCCAAGCUCUAAAAUCAGAAGGAAAUGGAUCUGUUUGUCCAACUUUGUGCAAAACCCUUCCUUACGGUGUGGCUUAUCAUAAUUCAGGUUUGACAAAUGCUGAAAGAAAAUUGAUUGAAGAAGCGUUUUGUGCUAAAACAAUAUUUUGCAUUUGUUGUACGUCGACAUUGGCCGCUGGUGUGAAUUUACCAGCCAAAAGGGUAAUUUUGAGAUCUCCAUACAUUGGCACAGAGUUCAUAAACCUCAGCCGCUACAAGCAGAUGGUGGGCCGAGCUGGCAGGGCUGGCAUAAGCAACGGUUGUGGCGAGAGCUUCCUAUUAUGUAAACCAUGUGAUACAUUGAAGAUUGGGGAACUAUUACAUUCGCCCAUGGAUAUAUGUAAAAGUCAGCUAAGAGAUCCAGAGCCUUUCAACAGCUUUCUGUUAAGUGUUGUAGGGCUAAACAUAUGCUCUUCUAAGAAAUCCAUGAAGCAACUUAUGGAGUCUACGUUACUGUUCACACAAAAUCUUGGUGAAUCCGAAAGAGAUGCAUUAGUUGAAGAAACCGUUGCUAAAUUGUUGGAGACAGGAGCUUUGCAUGUAAAAAAAUGUGAUGAUGAGGAAGAUAUUCUUUCUCUUUCCACUCGUGGACGAGCUGCUAUGAGAGGAACAUUUGACAUGGAAACUGCCAAUAGAGUAUUCGAAGACCUCCAGUUAGCAAAAAAAUCGUUGGUUGUUACAAACCAUUUACAUCUGAUCUUCUUGAUUACUCCUUAUGCUAUGAUGGAAACUAUCAAAUUCGAACAAAAGCCGUUCACAUCCAAAUUCAUGUCACUAAACAGUGAUGCAAUCCAAGUGGCUAUGGUACUGGGUAUUGAUGAACGCUGUGUUGCUCAAAUGAUGUGUGGACGCAAGCCUAAGGCGGAAUUGCUACCCGUGUUGCACAGAUUCUACUUGAGUCUUGUUCUGUUUGAUCUGUGGGAAGAGAAGAGUGUGUGGGAAGUGUCCGACUCGUUUCAGCUGUCGCGCGGUGUCAUCAGCACACUCCUCAAUUCAGCCGUUGCGUUCGCAUCUUCUGUUCUACGAUUUUGUGAGGAAUUGGAGGAAAUGUGGUGUUUCAGGAGAGUUCUAGUCGAAAUAACCAACCGUCUUUCACAUUGUUGCACGCCCGAACUAAUAGCUUUAAUGGAACUCCCAUCCGUCAAAAUUGGUCGAGCUCGACAGUUGUAUAACUCAGGUUUCAAAACAAUAUCGACGAUUGCAAACACCGAGCCGAAGACUCUGGCCAAAGUAAUCGAUCAUCUGCCUUGGAAAGUGGCACAUCAAAUUGUGGCUGCUGCUAAACUUAAAUUGAUGACAACUGUUGAAACUUUACAAGAAGAGGCAGAAACGGUUUUAGCUUUCCUUCAAAACAAAGUUCCACAAUGAUUGCACAUGCGAGAACAUUUAACUGUGGCUCCUGGCGUACAAUUGACACAGUCUGUAAAUGAUCGUUGUUUGUGAUUUAAUGUUUUCGGAUCAAAAACUUCAAUAGAAUAUUUCUGAACAAAGUUUUAAAAUCAAACGUCAUCUUACGUGAUGGAUGGAUUCCAACGCUACCGCCUGAAAUAAAUCUGGAACGUAAACUAUUGUUGAAUUCACACUUCUAGAACUUAUCGUAAUAUAUUUAUUAAUUUUAUCCCAUUGAUUCAUCAAUUCGCUCAAAGUUAUGAUCCUCAACUUGAAAUCAAUUCUAACUUAUCAUUGUUAUAAUUGUUACCUAAUGUUCAAAUUUUUGUGUUCUAAAAUCAUUGGAUAUUAGUAAUUAAUAGCAAGGAUAAUAUUUUAUUCCAGUGAUUGAUACAUUCGCUCAAAUCAUGACUUCAUCUUGAAAACUCUAGCAACUAACUCAUCAUGGUGUUCAUUGUGUUUGUUUGAAUGUAGGCUAGGUACUGUAUCGCUGUGAAGCAACUGUAUUCCAGUGAUUUAUCAAUCUGCUCAUGUCAUGGUUUUCAUCUUGAAAACAAUUCAAACAUUAUAUUAUUGAUUUUUAUUAUGUACUUUUAUUGUAGAAUACUUGUAUAACAGGGAUAAUGGAAGUAAUUCAAAAGUGUAUUAUAAUGAGAUAAAUAUUCAAGUAUUUAGAUUUUUUUAUAAAAAUGAAUCAUUGUUCAUUCUCAGUUGUAACGGGAACAAAAAUCCUAAGAAGUUUUUCAGUGGAAAAUAGCUAACUUAUUCUGAAUAUUAAACGGAUUAUUAUCAUAACCAAUAUUUGACAUUAAAAAUAUAAAAUGAGCAAGUUGCUAAAGAAGAUAAAAAAUAUUAAUUGUUUACUGAAAAAUAAUAAUUAGUAUGGAAAUAACUUCAUUAAGUUUAGUACCCUUUUUCAAACUUUACUAUAAAAUAUGGAACAAUGAAAAAUAAUAUUCAUUUUGACACUCUUGGAAAUGCCAUGAGUGCAUUAAACUAGUUUGUGUCUAUGUAAAAAAGUAUAAAAAGCGUACUAAUAAUUUUUAUAAAAAUUAUCAAAUUCGUAUUUAUUUUUACCAAGUAACGAAUUGUACAGUAUGUUAAUAGCUAGACUACUUGCUCAAAAAAUAAUUAAGAUUUGUUUAUUUCUUAAAUAGAUAUUAAUUAAAUUUUAUGUCGAAGUUCUAGAAUGAAGAACUUUGGUUUUUAGUUGAUGUUCCGACAAGAAUGAGUGAGGGUUUGUUACAAAAAUAAUAGUUGCACAAUUAACGAGAAAUAGUAGAAUUAUUACAAAAAAUAUUUAUCAAUGAAAAGCUCAGUUCAUAUUGAAGUUGAAAUAUAUUUUUGUUGUACAAAGACUUCUUGCUCAAUUGCUCUCUCUAAUUUGAUAAAUAUUUGGUAAUUAAUAGUUUUGUUAGGUACUUUAAAAAUGACUAUUCAAGAAUAUUGCAUUGUUCCAUACCCCAAAGCCUAUUUAUAUACUGAAUCUUCAAAUAAUUAACAUAUUGUUUCUCAUUAAGAAUGCAAUUUUAUCUUUUAUUUUUUCAUGUAAAUAAUCAUCUGAAAACUUCUACUUACUCAUCUUCAUCUGUUGAACAAAUAUCUUCAUCUUCGUCUGAUUGGUCAUCGCAUUGUGCUUUCCCAUCACAAAUAUUGUCAUACGGAAUGGCUGAGCCGUCCAAACAAUAGAAAUCAUUGCCUUCUCCAACAACUGAACAAUAAUAAUCUUUCAAUAAAUCCAUGUGAAUUAUAAAUAUUACAAAAGGUCCGGUGUUUAUAUAGUAUUUCAUUUGAACCAUUGAACCAGAUAGCAGAUAGUCUUUAGAGGACAUUCAGAUUAAAUAAAAUACAAUUAUUGAAAAACGUGUCAAGAUUUGUUUUUCUGGUGAGUUUUUAGUUCUCAAUAGAAUGAUAUAUCAUGAAAUAAUGUUGAAAUAUUACUGCUUGUUUAUUGAUCCAUUCAUCAUUAUUCCGCCUUCGGGAGAAGAGUAUUAGUAUUAUCGUCAAAAUCAAGUUUGAAAGAAACAAUAUUUAAAACUGUACUCAUACCACUAGUUUACGAUAGACAUAUUGUGAUUAAUGUGGAUUUCAGAUAAAUCUAUGUUGGACUCGUAAUUAAUUUUAAUAUAGGAAAAAGAAAAAUUAUGUUUAGCCUUUAAAAAAGCCAAAAAAUAAGAAACAAAACACUUAUACUAUAGUCAAUAAAUACAAUCUCAACCAGGAAAAAUAUGUUUCGAGAAAAUGUUACACUUCUUUAAACUAAUAUUUUACCGUACCUGUUUUUAGUAGAAUAAAAUAAAUUAUAGCAAGUGUGAAACGCAUCUCCAAAAUAAAUCAAAACUUUGGAAAAAUGUUCGAAGUAAUGCAUGAAUGCAAUUCGCCUCUAUAUAUUAGGUUUAGAAGACAAAUGAUAUUAGUGAUGCGCAUGCUUUUGCAUAAAUUAAUAUGCCAAUUGUGAAGUGUUACAAUAAAAACUUAUUUUACGAAGAAAUUAUGAUCCAAGAUUGAUUUCACUUUUUAUGCUGCUUGAUAUUGAAAUUUCUUCUCAGUUUUUAUUGUUUCUAAAACCGAAUAAUUUUAGACAUAAAAACCAGAACUCAAUAAACUGCUCCGAUUAAUCGAUUGUUUUUCAUUAUACAUGCUGCACUUCAUCGUUUUGGUUUUAUCAUAGCCUACAGUACUUGUAUUACUGGCAUUUUUUUACGAAGGUACUUUGUACCCAAUACAGUAGAGAUAUGGGAUAGUAUAGGAAAAGAUACCCUAUUACCAUUUAAGUAAAUACAAUAAUUAAUAGUAUAUUGCUUUAUAUUAUGGAGUUAGGAGAUCCACUAAAUAAGUACCUACGGUACCUAGCAAUUAUUGCAUUACAUUGCGUCUAAGAUGAUCCAUAUUCAUUGGAAGGAGAGCCAGAAGAACAAGAUUGCUUGCUAGAAAGAUUGCUAAAAGACAGUGUAGAAAGAAUGGAGAACAGCGCGUUGCCGAUUCUCUGUCUUGCCAGUGCCUUCUAUAGAAGAUAGUUGAUAACGGUAUAUCUGAUGAAAUAUUAACUGUUUUUCUAUAUUAUCUGUUUAUUCUUAUAUUUUAUUCGUAAGUAAUUAUAAUAAUAAUUGUUUUGAAUUACGGGUCGUAUACUAAUGCUAUCUCUAUCGAGUUGUGAAACUGUCUGGAAACUUGCAUGCUCAACGGAUUCAAGUGCCUUUUGAAAUAUAGGACAUACGCUACAGUGGCGGUUCUAGGCCUAGGCUGGGUAGGCGGCCGCCUACCCAGUUUUUAUGAGUUUUUUCAAAUUUUUCAUGUAAACCUAAAAUGUUAAAUAAAAAAAUACAAUAAAAUAUUUUUUUUUUACAAAACUACAGCUGCACCAACCCUUUUAUAUGGGUGUGAAACCAGGGUGCUGUCAGGGCCAGAGAAAAGUAGACUACAGGCAUCUGAAAUAUGGGUGCAGCCGAGAUCAUUAAAGAGAUACUGAGAUAGAAAACAACUUAAUGUAUUUUGAAUAAAUGAAAAUAUAUCUUUGAGUAGGUUUAAAUGGUAGUGCCCUGUGGGUGUGGGGAGUGCGUGCGUCAAUGGGUGAGAACACCAAUUGUGCUUGAGCUGGGCAGCUGGGUGCAAUUCGGUGCACAAUUUUAAAUUACUCGAUUGAACCUGGUUCCAAUUCAAUUGCAGGAUGCAGAGGAGGAAAUACCAGUGGGAAAUCUGAUUUCAUUUUAUUUUGUCAAUUCUAUGUGAAGACAAAAAUUUUACAAAACUACAGCUGCACCAACCCUUUUAUAUGGGUGUGAAACCAGGGUGCUGUCAGGGCCAGAUGAAAGUAGACUACAGGCACCUGGUGGUUACAUACCUCGAGUGUUUGGUCAUUCAAUUCUGAAUGAAUGUUUCACAUAAUUAUGCAGUCAUGUAGAUAGAUAGGUAGUAUAAUAAUUUUUUUCUCAAAAGUACAAUUCUUUUUUAUUCUUAAAUUCUUUUAUUAUUCAUUGUGGCAUGGGGCUGAAUAAAUCUAUAGCCGCCUAUUCCAUUGUGCUAAUGUUUUCGAUUCAAUUUUCAGUUUCAAUCUACUUAACUUGCCAGUGUACAGUCAAAAGCUGCAAAACAACCUUUUGAAAGCCAUUCACGAGUGCUCGGAGGGCUUCGGAUUCGCUUAAUCCACAGAGCAAAUACUCUAGCGGGGGCCUCUGGACGACCGACUUGGAAAGAUCUUUUAUAAGAAUAUCAAGAAACUUUUACAAGGAUUAUAAAGAAAUUUUAACUAUAAUUUCUUCAAAAUAUUUAAUAGUCUGAUAUCAUUUAUCAAGAAACGGACAACUACAUUGUUUUUUCCUGAUCGUUGUUACCUAAAUGUUUUUCUUAGAACUUAGUUACCGCAUUUAAUAAGUGCCUUCUUUUUGCGCCAUCCUAUUUAUUUUAAUAGAUCAAAAGAAACAUAUCUUUGUAUUGUAGUAAUAAAUGUUAACUGAUAUUAUCAAGUCAUCGAACUUAUUUCCAAUUUUAUAUAAUGCAGUAGCUAGAAUUUCUUGUCAAUAAAACUAUGUUUGGCAGAUUAAAAAUAAAUCAUAAUACCAAAGUAAAGAACUACGAAUAUAGUCAACGAGCCAAGCUGAAAUUCUCCUGACAAUACUUACAUUUUCCAACAAAGUAGUUUCCCUAUAAUAAUCUUUGAACAUGUUAUAUUUCCUGUGAAGGAGUCUCCAAUGUUACUUUUUGAAUACAAAUAUCACUUCUAUGUCAAUAUCUCACAAAAUGCUAUAAAAUAUUGAGAAGUUCUACUAGCAACUUCAAUUUUUUCUGGAAAGCAUAACUUUCCUUACCUAUGGUAGUAGGGCAAGGAAAGUAAAAUGUAAAGGUACUCAAUAAUAAUAAUAAUAACCAAGAUAGAAUUUGGAGUUGGAGCAGCUGAUCCAACCUUCUCAUAAAAAGCAAUAACAGAAAAACAUAGAAAUUACAUAGAAACAAUGGUGUAUGUACUACACUUUCAUUGUUGUAUCUAUGUCUUGUUGAUUUGAGUCUUGUGGAGGAUGUAAAUGAAUGCAUCUCUUACGCCCUACAGCUGCACCAACCCUUUUAUAUGGGUGUGAAACCAGGGUGCUGUCAGGGCCAGAGGAAAGUAGACUACAGGCACCUGGUGGUUACAUACCUCGAGUGUUUGGUCAUUCAAUUCUAAAUGAAUGUUUCACAUAAUUAUGCAGUCAUGUAGAUAGAUAGGUAGUAUAAUAAUUUUUUUCUCAAAAGUACAAUUCUUUUUUAUUCUCAAAUUCUUUUAUUAUUCAUUGUGGCAUGGGGCUGAAUAAAUCUAUAGCCGCCUAUUCCAUUGUGCUAAUGUUUUCGAUUCAAUUUUCAGUUUCAAUCUACUUAACUUGCCAGUGUACAGUCAAAAGCUGCAAAACAACCUUUUGAAAGCCAUUCACGAGUGCUCGGAGGGCUUCGGAUUCGCUUAAUCCACAGAGCAAAUACUCUAGCGGGGGCCUGGACAACCGACUUGGAAAGGGGGGGGGGGUUUCUUGUGAACAGCCAUUGCACAAGUCAUACACCUGGAAAGGAUACUUGUCAUACAAAACAAGACCCUAAGAACAGUACUGGGAGAUGACAGAUUGAAACACUGUAAGCCGCUCUUUGAAGAAUAUCAACUACUGACUUUAAUCACACUGUAUAUUCUUGAGACCAAGAUCCUGAUCAAUACUGAUGUGGAACUGUUCAAUAAUUAUUUAUAUCUUAAGUUUGAUUUAAGAGAAAAGACAAAAAACGGGUUGAUUCUCACAGCUUCCAAUCAAGAACUAGCCUGAGAAUUUUAUUCCUAAUAAUUAUACUAAUUCUUGACAAUCAAUUUAACUUGACUUUUCAACUUUAAGGAAUCGACUAUACAUAUUUAAAAAGAUUGAUCUAUCUAAGAUGUAGAUAAAUAAAUUGGUCAAGAUUUUGUUUAAUUUUUCUAUCUUGAGAUUCAAUUUAAUAAAACGUUUGAUAAUA